AUGCCCCAAUUCCCAGGUCUCUACCGCCAGAACAACGUGCCAAAGUGGCAGAGGAUCCAUCAGACACACGACGGCUUGAGGCAAUGGCAGAAGGGCCCUCGAGCGAAGUACAUGCUCUACCCAUACUACGCGAUGCUUAUCUCGACGACUUCUGCAUCCAUGUACAUGAUGUGCCGGAUGGUGCUGGGCCACAAGACUUGGUACUGA